UUUGCUUUCCUCUCUUUGCUAAAAAAGAUAGUCAAAUCCAAAUCCAAUCCUUUUCCUUGAAUUUACCUCAAUUAUGUAUCACUACUUUUGGGGGUGCUUAGUUUCUACUUUCUUUUGAUUCCUUAACUCUUAUUCAUUUUCUAACCUUCCCUUCCUUAUUUUCCUAUUCUAGACACAACCCUUUAUACAUUUAUUUUCUUUGAUUUUGCCAAUUUGGUGCAAAUCUGUUUCCUUUUGAAGUUGCUUUUCUUGCUGGUAAGUUCAACCUAUAUCAAUUAAUCAGAAAAGCCCUUAAAUCUUUAUAGCAAAGAAAAGAAAAGGAAAAAUGGUGAGAGGAAAGACACAAAUGAAGCGUAUAGAGAACGCAACAAGUAGACAAGUAACAUUCUCAAAGAGAAGAAAUGGUUUGUUGAAGAAGGCCUUUGAACUGUCAGUGUUAUGUGAUGCUGAGGUUGCUCUUAUUGUUUUCUCACCAAGAGGGAGGCUUUAUGAAUUUACAAGCUCUAGCAUUCUGGAAACAAUUGAACGAUACCGCAGUCAUACCAGGAUUAAUAAUACUCCAACAACAUCUGAAUCAGUUGAAAAUACUCAGCAGUUGAAGGAAGAAGCAGAAAACAUGAUGAAAAAGAUUGACCUUCUUGAGACUUCAAAACGGAAACUCUUAGGAGAAGGUUUAGGGUCUUGUUCCAUUGAUGAACUACAAAAGAUUGAACAACAGUUAGAGAGAAGUAUAAGCAAAAUUCGAGCAAAAAAGACUCAGGUUUUCAGGGAACAAAUUGAGCAGCUAAAGGAAAAGGAAAAAACCCUAGUUGCUGAAAAUGCCAUGCUCGCAGAGAAGUAUGGUAACUAUUCAUCACAGGAAGCAACAAAGGAUCAGAGAGAAAAUAUAGUUGAAGCUGAAACUUAUGCAGAUCAAAGUAGUCCAAGUUCAGAUGUGGAAACUGAAUUGUUCAUUGGUCUUCCAGAAACAAGAACAAGGCGCAUUUCUCCAAAGGUGUAGCUAGUUGAGGACUAAUUAAUCCCUCUGACUAUGCAAAAGAAAAAUAAGGGUUAGGAAAAAUGUAUAUUUAUGUUUCCUAUAUUUAUAAUGUAUGCUAUCAUUCAGGUAGAUAAUAGUGGUGAAUUGUAAGAGUAGUUAUCUCAAACCUAUGAUCUAAAAUUCUAAAUGAGUAUAAGAAGUACUCGAACCAAUACAAAUCAAGCAGGA